AUGUCAAAAAAUAUUUUCAAUUACAAAAUUUCAAAUUAUUUUUUACAUGAAAACUUUAUAUUAUGGAGACCAAGAAAAAAAAUCUUAUUAAUAAAAAAAUGUUUCAGCAAAACAAUAAGACAUUUAACUCUAAUUCCAUUUAAGUGCGAAGAAAAGGAUUCAAAAAAUAUAAAAAUAUCUGUUACUCAGAAGAAAACACAUGAACCAUCUUAUAACAAAUCUCGUUUAAAGACAAUUAAACCUAAUUUAUUGUCAGAAAAUACAAAUAAACAUUUAUCAUUUCCUUUUGAAAUGAUUAACUCUUUAAAUAAUGAAGAAAUUUUAGGAAAUAAAUUCCAGAAAUUAUAUAUUUAUCGCCGAGCAGCCUCUCGAGAAGUAAGAAAUCAGGAUGUUAUUUCAUCAUGGAAAUCUUUAGAUAUUCUUCUAAAACAAAAUAAUGUACGACAAGAAGAAAGAUUAGGUAAAUUUUAUGAAAAACCUACAAAAAAAAGAAACCGUUUGCGUAGUGAACGACAUAGGAAACGUUUUAGAACUAAUAUACGUUAUUUGGUUUCUAUCGUGAAAGAAAUGAAACGUAGACGAAUGUGA